GGAACGUAAAGAUCAAAUAUGAAUGGCGAAAGUUUCACCUCUAAUGUAGUACUCUGCGACUCUAUACGUACACACUACUCUGUGACUCUGAAAACUCGAUUGCGCACGUGAAAAACUGCACGCGUCUUGUAUUUACAUAGCUUUUUAACGGCAUGAAUAUAAAUAUAACCUAAAACGUGAUUGUUUCAACGUGGUUUCUGUGAUGUAAACGUAUUCAUUGUCGUUCGAAAACUGAAAUACGAUUAAGGAAAAGGUACAAAUUCGUUAAGAUUUGAAAAAUGCAUGCGAGGCAGAAAUUAAAACAAAGACUGGAGCAGAAAGAGAGAGCUCUUUAUAUUCGUCUGCCGCACCGAAUACAAUCAGAACAAGAUGUGGCUAAGUUUUUCAGCGGUGAAUUCAAAGUGGAGCUCCUUCGACAGUCCAGUAGAUAUUGCUACGUAAUAUUUGCCAGUGUCGAAGAGAAAUUGAAAAAUUUGGAGGCUGUCAAGAAAUCACAACUAAAAAAGAAACGUGUGAUCAUAGCACCCGCAAUCACAAAAAUCAAGAACCUCAAGUCAAAAAAAUUGAAGAAGAAGGUUGUUUAUCCUGAAAUAAAACCAGAAACGAGAGUGACAAAGUCGCUGUUUGUAUCGAAUAUCAAAUGUGGAAUUAAACUUUCUGACUUAAAAGCAGCUAUUCCUGGUUGUGUUUCUGGUAAACUGUUAAAAGCAUAUUCACCGCAUCUUAGGACUGCAAUAAUUAAAAUGGAAAGCACGCAGAUAGCAGCAGAAUAUUUGACAAAAAUUAGACCAAUACCAAUUCUAGCGGGUAAGAAAUUAGGAUUAUAUCCAGACACAAGAAAGAGGACAAAAAAGCCUGAUGUUCCUCUAAAGAUUUAUGAUGGAGAAAAAGAAAUAACAGAUAUUUUUAGUAAAACAAACAACAACAAUGCUUUGGAUCAUAUUGUGCUUGAGAACAAACAGUAAAUGAUAUCUUAUUAAAUGAUACAUAUUGAUUGUUAUUAUAGAUUUUAUAGUUAUAAUUUUUAAUCUUGUAAGAUGAUAAAAAUAUUCUGUAUAUAAUAGUCGACUAUUACUCUAUGAAUAAAACUUUUAUGUUAUAAGGAAAUAUAAUAUUUCUAAAGAAUGUAUUAUCGUCGCUUUCUACGAAAAUUGUCACGUAGCAACCUAGUACUUCUGUCGCAUUUAUAGUCAAUGAUGUAGUCUGAAGUGUAUUGAAAAAAACAGCAUUAAGCAUGCUGCUAUAAAUAAUCACUAACCAGAAGAUUUAUCUACCAUAAAAAGUUAAACAGAGUCGGCUAAAGAUGCGUAACCUUAGACACGAUUCGUCUGCCACUAACGAACACAGUAUUAGUUAAAAAAUGUGUUGAAUAUAUAGUAUAAUUUGAUGGGAAUGUUUGUGUAUGCAUAAAAUGCAAAAUAAAGAAUUUAAUAUAA